AGGCAGCAGCAGCGAGGAAGAGAGCAGUGCAGAAACGGAAUCAGAUGUGGUGAAGUCCGUGAGUUGACAGGUCGUGGGUGCACGAGAGAGAACAGGCGUUUCGAAGUGGCGGAGGCGGAGAGGAGGCUCCAGGGGAAAGGAUUGUUUUCUAGUGUGCGCGAGAAACGGUGUCGACGGGUUACGAGUCUCUGGGACGGGUUCGUCGUUGUUGACGACGAAAUGAUCCUCUAGCACCGAAGAUUUUUGGCCUGGUCCGUACGGACAAAGAGGAAGACCGUUCGUGUAUUGCUGGUGUCGAGGGAUCGUGGGCUCGUUCAUCCGUAGAAAACAUCGUUAGACGCUGACGUUGCGGAAUUCGUCUCUCGUGUGUCGUUUUCCUUCGGUGGCCGAGCGUCGAAGAUCCCAAACGACUGACUAGCCGAGCGUCGCGCGCGCGUGUGUCUUUGUUUUUUUUUUUACAUUCUCGAGUGCCGAACAACUGCUCACCUACGGGAAAACAGUGUAUUGUACCAACAGUGGUGAAAGACUUAAAAAGUUCCCCGUGUAUUCGACGGUGGUAAACAAAUCCAUAGGAGCCAGAGGCCCUUCCCUGAAACGACGAACGGAACUCUCAGCUGAUUCAAGGACUUGCUGCGAAGGGCUCUGCUGGCGUUUAAUAGACGAUAAAUAUGUCGUCCCCCAGCGCUGGAAAACGACGUAUGGACACGGACGUUCUUAAAUUAAUAGAAAGCAAGCAUGAGGUGACGAUACUAGGAGGAUUAAACGAAUUUUCCGUCAAAUUCUACGGUCCACGGGGCACACCUUACGAGGGUGGAAUAUGGAAGGUGAGGGUUCACUUGCCCGACCACUACCCCUUCAAAUCUCCUUCGAUCGGCUUUAUGAACAGGGUGUACCACCCUAACAUUGACGAAGUCUCAGGCACGGUGUGUCUAGACGUAAUAAACCAGGCCUGGACUGCCCUUUACGAUUUAUCGAAUAUUUUCGAGUCUUUCCUGCCCCAACUGUUAACAUAUCCUAAUCCAAUUGACCCCCUAAAUGGCGAUGCCGCGGCCAUGUAUUUACAUAAACCUGAGGAGUACAAGAAGAAAGUAGCAGAUUACGUGAGGAAAUACGCGACGGAGGAAGCGCUAAGGGACCAGGAGAACGGGGGCACCGGAAACGGGAUGUCGUCCGACAGCGAGUCUUCUAUGAGCGACUUCAGCGAGGACGAGGCACAGGACAUGGAGUUGUAACCAAAUAUUUUACCAUCCGUACCCAUAUCCUUAAUCUCGAUUCUCUGUAAACUCCGAUCGCUCGUCCUACCAAAUAGAUGCUUACAUUCGAACCUCCGGACCUCACUGUCGGUUUAGCCAUGUGGCACACUCGUCACUAUCGUUUCAUAGAAACCAUUCGAUAAAAUCGCUACCGGGUCGAUGUGUUGAUUAUCGCGAGGUGAAAAAGAUAAAAUAGUUACAUGAAUACGAUAGAUGAAGCAUUGCAGACAAAAGAAAGACUUAAAAAAAGAAAAAAAAACACACACACACAGAGAAAUGGAAAAUAAGAACGAUGCGUAAGAAACGAAAGAGAAUCGCUUUUGGAGUUCUCUUUACGCGUGUAAGCGUCGUGUGCUCGUCGUCGUCGUCGUCGAAUUGAAAGACGUCGACGAGGAGAGAUACGCGCCACUCUUUGUUGAAAAUUGAAAGAUAGAACCAUUUACUGGAAUUCACGGGUUCACCGUCGACUAGGCGUCGAUUUUUUCUCUUAGAAAUUGCUGGCGUUCUUAACUUUGGCAUUGAUCGAACGGAACAAUCGCGAGAUCAAUGUUUACGCUUUUUUCUUUUUUUGUUCUUUUUUGCGAUUGACAACCGAUUGCAUCCGCGAUGCGAUGAGACACGAACAACCGUCGAAAAUUCUAUUUUUUUUUUUUAAGUUCAACAAUUUGGUUAAGUUGUCGGAUUUUUGUAAAUUCGCCCUCGUUCCAGAGAUGGGAAAAAUUUACCGAUAAUUCGUAUUCGGAUGAAAAUAUCUAAUAACAUCCGAGAGGUCAUCUCUCUAUUCGAACAUAAAAAUUAGAGUUAGAGUUAUAGAAUGAAAUAUUUUACGAUGAACGAAUAAUAUGAAUUUUACUGUUCGAUCGAAUAAAUCUAUGUAAUAUAAUUUCCACGUUAGUUUUAUUCGUCGUCUAUCGUUCGAAUCAAAUUUUGCCCCAUCUCUGCUUAGAUUUUCCUUUUUCUUUAAUUUUUUUCCGUCAAGAGCCGAUAGCCGUACAUGGAUGAUAACACGGUGCAUGAACACGAAAGUCGAUUUCGUUUACUGACAAUUUGUAUUUCUUACGAGUGUCGCAAUACCCACGUGUCGACGUUACGCUGCUUCUACAUAUGUGUUCCGCUUCGCAGAGCACACGUGCCCCGAGCAGUCACGUUAUCUCUCGAAUUAGCAUUGUUCUCGUACAACGUUCGAUUCCUCAUCUUUCAAAGAUUCUUAGGAGUUAACGACUCUUUUGUAGCUUAUGCGAAAGAUUUGAUAAGACGUUCGUAUCUUGAGAGCAGAAGUAACGGAGUAUGUCAAAAGAAAUACACAUGCAGGAGCGACAAUGUGAUACGAAAAGAUGGUUGGAAAGAUUCGUUUCGUAGAAUUUUUUCAGAAGAAUUUAUUUCAGUUGAUUGGAGGAAUGAUUGGUUUCGAGCAAUUAUCUUUAAAUAAUUUAUUUUGCUCUUUGUUGGAGAAAAGAUUGGUUUUGAUUAAUUUUCCAAAUGAAAUUAUUCUGCAAUUUAUUGAAGGAAAUAUUGGUUUCGUGCAAUUGUUUCUAGAAAUUUAUUUCAAUCUAUCGGAGGAAAGAUUAGUUUCAAGCAACUAUUAAAAAAAUAUUAUUUGUAAUUUAUCAGAUGAAAUUAAAAUUUCGAGCAUGUUUUUUUAAAUAUUUAUUGCAACUUAUUCUUUAAAAGACUAGUUCCGAACAAUAUUCCAUAUAAAUUUAUUUCAAUUUAGUGGUAGAAAGAUUCGUUUCGAACAAUUUGUCCAACAAAGUUAUUUUGCAGUUUAUUUGACGUAAUUUUGAUUUCAAGUAAUGUCGCUCGGAUAUUUAAUUGUAUUUAUUAAGAAAUUUAUUAAGAGAUUCAUUUCGAGCAAUUUUUCCAAAAAAUUUAUUUCAAUUUAUUGGAGAAAGGAUUCGUUUCGAACAAUUCUUUCAUUUAAAUUUAUUUCAAUUUACUGGAUUUUUUUCUUUACAAUAUGUGGUAUAUCAUAGGACGAAAAGUAUUCCUUUGUUCUAUUAUCACCAUCCCUGAACGUUUCCCUCGUAGGGUGCAGCAACGGGAAAUGGCUUCGACGACAGUGUUGAAGACACUGACAAACCCACGAUAUAAACGGCGUUUAAGUUGCGACAUAAAUGUCGGGACGUCCCAACCGCAGUUGAAGUCCGCCAGAUCGGCAAUGUUCGACAGAAGAAAAACAAUUGAAGACUCGAGUCGUUUUCAAACGUCGCAAGACGGGGCCGCGGAAUUUUCUACGGAAUUACGCCAGUAUUCGGAGAUGGACGUAGAGUUAAAUAACAAUUCAGAAAGUAGAAGCGAUUUGAAUACCAUUGUUUAGUAUACGUCGCAAAAUUUGUUGGCGAUGUGUCUUUUAUUUUUGAAGCAGUGAUUCUUGACUUUUUAUAGUUCGCAGCACAGUUUUAAAAAGAAUGAAAGUGAAAACUCGAGACUGUUCUUAACCCUUAAUUGCAAUAACACGAAUUAAAUAAUAAAUUGUUUGUACGUAUAAAUUCAAUGAAGCAACAAAUUUGGCCUGAAACAAGUAUCGAAUUAAAUAUGAACAUACUUUUAAAUCGUGUAUUAUUUUUAAUCUUAUUUUGAGUAAAAUUGUUUGAGUAAAAUAAAUUAAACAUAAAAUUAAAAGUUUCUUACUAUACUACAUUUUAGCGAGGAGUGAAGUAAUAGAGGAGUCGAAACGUUUAAAAUAUAUUUAUAAAUUAAUCAAUCUUUAUAUAAGUAUCGGUUACAGAGACUGUACAGGUGCGAGGAAAAAAAGAACAAUUUCCGUUAACCAAAUUGCGGAGUAUCUUUAGAAGUGUAUUGAAUAAAGAUCUACAAAAGAAAUGACGUAAUAUCGAGGAUUGGUAUACAUUUGAUAAAGAACAAUAGAAGGAGUGAUGUCAUAUUAGGGAUUGGUAUAAAUUCGUUAGUUGUUGGUACGAUUUAUUUAAAUUUGACUUAUUCAAACGUAGUACACGUAUUGUACUUAUAUUAUUAUCAAGAUAAAAAAUGUCAUAUACUCUAAAAAUAUUUUCUUUCUACAAAUAUCUAAAUACCCUAUUUACAUCUAGAGUAGUAUGUGAUAUUUGGUAUUUUAUUGUUAUUGUAUUAUUUCAAAUAUAUUUGCAUUUUACUCUCUACUGCAUAAUGUGCUCAAUUCGGGGCUCAAUAGUGACAAUCUCACAAAUGUUCAAUUGAUACAUUUCACAGCAUUCGUGCGUCAUGUUUUCUUAACGGGACAUCUAAUACUCCUGCAGUUUUGACCACUAUCCUUUAACUUGACUAUUAAUCCUUUGCGGACUUAUGUCAAGAAUGUAUAAACAAUGAAUUUAGGUAUAAAAACAACAUUUCGGCCCAUAACACUCUUCUAAAAUAAUUCAAUAAAAACGUUAAAUAAGAUAAACAAAUACAUAAUCGAUCAUUUCUUUGUCGAAAGAUACAAUUAAAUUCAUACAAUCCAACACUAAACCGAUGCUUGUUUCGCACCAAAGUUUUUCCAUUAUCGGAUUCUAGUAAAAGUUUAAAAAAUUAUUAAUAAUAAAAACUCGCCCGAUCUAUUGUUAAACAUGUACUGUUAAGAAUCACUGACUUAGAGUAAUUACCGAUCAACAGGAGUUGCCCUUGAAACGCGUUAGAAUUCGGCUUAAAAAUUUCCAAUCGAAACUAAGUUGGGCUAAAAAAUAAAUGCUUUUACUUUAGGCGCUAUUCGCGCGCGCGCGCGUUUUAUUUUCGUUAGCAAUUUUGAUACGGUCGAUAUUUUUUAGAAGCAGCUUUCACGCGCGUUCGUGCAACACACCGUGCCAUGUAUUAUUCCACCGACGGCUCUGUUUGAUUAGUAAAAUCCAAAGUAUUUUAGAGCGACGCGUGUUCGAUUCGUUUUGAGCAAAUUGCGGAGAAAGAAGAGUGACGCGGAUUAGGAGAGCAAAGGAGAAACAAAAUUGGAGAAUAGUAUGCGCAAGGAAAGAAAGUAGCGAUUGCGACGACUCGUGCGAAAGAAUAAUAAUACAAAGUAUAACGAUACAUGGAACUAGGCGUCGACGAGAAAAUGAAUUUGUACAAAUCUUGGUGCACAAUAAUCUCUUUGUUUUAGUUGUAACUUGCUUCAAAUUGAUCUCUCUCUCUAUCUCUCUCUGCUUUGCGUGGUUUACGUAUAGGCAGUUACGAUCAACUAUACGUGCAAGUAUAGACAUGGCGUUUUAGUGCCUCCUCAGGCAGGAAAGUGUGCCUUAUUAUUAUGGGUCUUCGUGGAAAACAAUCUUAUUGGUGAAUAAAUAACAUCGUUGAAAGGGACGAGCAUUAUUGACACGUUAAACGCCACGCUGGUCUCCACGGACCGACACUGAACUUUUUGUUUAGAUAACAAAUGUUCCCUGCGUAUUUAGGCUGAAAAAUCAACGUCGUUAUGUGUUGCGUUCAUCUAAAAAGCAUAAGCUUGUUAGACAGUCUACAUGUGAAUAAUAACAGCGCCGAUAAUCAAGAUUUAUCGUGGCCCGAUACGAAAAGCUAACAAACAAACGUUAUUUGUAAUAUCUGCAAAGAAACCCUUUAUCUUUCUUUAGAUACUUUUAACCCCUUUGCGCUCGAUAUUUUCAUUAGGACGAACUUGCGACUCCAGACGGUUUUUCGAAAAUUUGACAAACUUCUUCCAUACAUAAAUUGAUUUUACAUACAAAUUUCAGUAUAGAAUAUUAUAUUAAGGUAAUAGAUAAUAUUUUACAAUUUUUAUGUCUUAAUAAACAAUGUUGUGUAUUCUUUCUUCGAAUGAUAUUUUAUGAGACAUUCUCCAGAAUGCAUUCAUGAAUCUAAUUCAUCAUCACUCGGAUUGUUUCAUUAUGCAAAUUUAUUUUUACAGAUCCUCGAAACUUUCGAUUCUAUCAAGACUUCCAAAACAAAUUUUUGUUACAAUUGUCGAAUGUUAAGUAACGCUGAAGACAUUGUCGAAAAUCUUGUUACUAUUUUGAAGUGUAUCAUUCUACACUUCCUAAAAGAAUAUAAAAGUGCUUUGGAAGCUGUUCGUAGGCAGAUAUUAUCGUCGAUGCAUAUGAAAAAUCAUUAAAACGAAAUAUCUCCUAGCUCAGUCUGAAAGUUUGGUUUACUAUGUACUAGGCAUCUUCAUCGAGAAUGUUCAGUCGUCGUACGCAGGGAUCAGCACAGUAGUCUAAUCAAAGUGUUAAACGGCGGUCUAGGGAUCGGCAUGAUGUUUAACGCGUUUACGAACACAAUUAGAAUCAAAUUAAUUGUUUCGGGAAGAUUGCGAAAUAAGCGUAGCGUGUGGUUUUUAUUUUCGAAUAUAUCGAAUAUACAGUUUAACGUUUAAAUAAAAAACGAAUUGUGAUAAGCAUCGAUAAUUUAUCAAGAAAAACAAUCGUUCGUGUAUAUUUCGAAGCACGUUCGUAAGAGCGCGGAUAAGAAUGAGAAGUACUUCCACCAAAAUAACGUUUAUAAGGAAAAUUUCUCGUCUGUAUUUUUCAGUAGGUUCACUCCUUAGUUUUUAACGAAUGAAUUUAUUAUUAUUGUUCUAUUACUAUUCAUAUAUGGGCGCGCCUAUCGUAUCGCUCUCGCCAACACGUUUUUCUACGCCUUGUUUUCUGUAUACUUUGAUGAAAUUCCAAUUGUCCCGAUUGUCAAAACGACCCACCAUUGAUUUCCUAUUUUUCAAAGAAUCGCGUAUCGCGACGACACGCGCCGCACGAAUAGUUAUAUUUUAUUUAUCGAAUGUUUUUACUCGAAUCCGAGGAUGGUCGUAACUACGAUAGCCGCGCCCCUAAAUUUUAAUCGUUACAUAUUCUUUUUUCUCCUUCCUUUUAUUUAAGGAAUGCCGACAUUCGCGCGAAAGGUGAAUGUCGCACAGAAUUUACAUUAUUUACGAUUAUUUAAGACGUGCUUUCAUGAAUUUUUGGUAUGAUUCGCAGCGGCUCUAUCCGUUGGUGAAGUGUAUAGCAAUAUGUAUUUACUAAUUAGAGAAAUGGUUAUUAAAAUGGAGUGAAACCAAUACGGCGUUUUGUAUGGAUUAUUGAGCAUUCUGAAUGCCUCACGACGUCACUCUCAGGCACUGUAACAAGUAUGUAAAUUUUGUUUUCGUACCAUUUUUGUCACUUGGUUCUUUAUUUUCUUUUUCGUUGUAAGGUAAAGGUCCCUAUUAUCGACACAUUUUUUGACAUGGCGAACGAUGAUAAGAGAUUCUGAGUACUGUCUUUUACUUGCGUCUGGUAUGUCAAAAUUACGUUGCGACUUACACGAAAUGUUUAUAUGGAAAUUUUCUAUUUAAAUUCCAACAUAAUUUUGACGUAUCUUAUCGUUACGAAAAAUGAAGUAAUUAUAUUUGUUACAUUUGUUCGUGAAACAGAAACAAAAUUGUUCGUAACUUUUCGGCAACGCUAUGUUGAUUUCUCCGUUUCAACUUUUCACUUUUGUCCUCGAAUGUUACCAUUAAUUUUUUGCGAUUUUAUUGCGUUGAUACGCCUAAGAUAGUGAUUACAGUGUUAUUGAUAUCGUUAAAUUUCAACUAUAUGUAUAGUUUACACGAAAAAUAGAAGGAAGAAUUUAAUGUUUUUACCAAGUUGUUGACAAAUGUAAAUAUGAAAUUAAUGAAAUGUGUCGAUGAAUGGGUUAGUGUCAAAUUUAGGUGCACUUACGUUAUUGCCCCGCCGUACUGCGAUGCUCGAGCAUCUUUCGAGGUUUCGUUCACGGAAUGGCGCAGAGAAGAAGAAGAAAAAAAAAAUGAAUCACGUUUGACGCUCGUUCAUAGGAUCCGAUGCGUAAAAAGUGCGAUUUAGAAAGCCUGUUUGUAAUUCUUAGCGAUAAUUCGUAGCAGUUUCUCUUAGUUUAUUAUCUGUGCUCCGUAUCUCUCCGUGAAACGUUCACUUUACAUCGAAGUAAGUUGGUGUAGUAGCUUUAAUACGUUUCAUUAGCAUUCUUAGCGCGUCUCCCAACCAUAUUCUUUUAGUACUUCGUCCCGAGUGAGAACCAAAAGAAAGACGACGAUGAAGAAACGAACAUAAUCGUACGUUGCGUUUUUUCGUAGAAUUACAGUGAUCGAGGUAAAGUCGUAUUUACAGAUCUCACAUUAUUUACUUUUUAUACAUGUAACAUAGGAUUAUUGAUUUAAUUAUAUAUGUUAUUAUUGAUCGUAUUCGCACAACUCUAUUAUGUACAUGGUUUUACUAACCGAUUGUUUAACCAAUUGAAAGGAUAGUUUUAAUAAUCAUUUUUUAUUUUUUUGCAAA